ACUGUCAAUGCCAGGAUUUUUGUCCGGAGUGCGCCGUCGAAAUGACACUACAGGUUUCCUGUAACGACGAUAUGACUCGUCACGUAACUACAGCUGACUUUAAGUCUAGCGACAGCCGCGUAGUUCCCGCUUGCGGUAUGCACAGAAGAAACGAAACCGACGAUUUCACGGACAGUGAAGAUAUUCUCAUCGUCAAACUGCGAAAAGGUCAAGAACUCAAACUGCGUUGCUUCGCCAAAAAGGGUUUUGGCAAAGAGCAUGCAAAAUGGAACCCAACGUGCAGCGUCGCUUUUGAAUACGAUCCUGACAAUGCGUUACGUCAUACCCUGUUUCCAAAGCCUGGAGAAUGGCCCAAGAGCGAAUUUAGCCAACUGGAUGAAGACAGCUGUAAGUUUGAGACGAAUUUGUAUAUUUCCCUUCGAGUUUUUUUUCUCUCUUUUUCUUGUUCAGCACUUAUUUUGCAUUCAUUCCGAUUCCUUUAAAU